AUGGCACUUCCACAGCAACAUCAGGCUCUCGUCUUCGCCUCUGCGGACGGGUCCCUUCAACUCCAAGGUGUCGACACUCCUACUCCCGGCGAAACCGAGGCGAUUGUCAAGGUUGAGACGACCGCCAUGAACCCCGCCGACUGGUGGUUCCACGACAACAGGGCAAGCAUCAAGGAAUGGCCAUACAUCGUGGGCUUUGCGGCCAGUGGGACCGUGGUCGCGGUUGGCACGAACGUUCGCAACGUCAAGUUAGGAGACAGAGUGCUUGCUCAAGGGGGUUUCACGAAGCAGUCCAACACCUUCCAACAAUACAUCCGCAGCUUUGCUGACCAACUUGCCAAGAUUCCAGCUAGUAUGAGCUUCGAUGAAGCGGCGACAAUUGCGACGCCCGCCCCCUCCGCUGUCUUGCCGUUGUAUCACCCGGGCCCCACCGUCGUGAGCGCCGGACUCACCGCUCCCUGGCGCCCUGGCGGGCGUGGCAAGUACGCAGGCCAGGCCGCUGUCGUGCUCGCAGGAGCAAGUUCGGUUGGCCAGAUGGCCCUCCAAUUCCUGAAGCUCUCCGGCUUCUCCCCGAUCAUCGCCACCGCAUCCCCGCACAACACCCCCCUCACGCUCUCCUACGGCGCGACCCACGUCCUCCCGCGCACGCUCUCCGACACCCCCGCGGAGCUCGCCGCCGAGGUCGCGCGCGUCGCCGGCUCCACGCCCAUCGCGGUCGUGUACGACGGUGCGUCGACCGCCGCCACGCAGACCGCGGGGCUCGCGCUGCUCGCCGCGGGCGGGACGCUCGUGCUCGUGCACGAUGCCGAGGUGCGCGCAGAGGCGGAGGCGAAAGGCGUGAAGGUCGUCGUCGGGAGCGGGGUCAUGGCGUUCCCGAAAAACCGCACGUUCGCGGCGGAGUUCACGAGGGCGCUCGAGGGGAUGUUGGAGGAGGGGACAAUCAAGCCGCUGGUGCCGGAGGUCGUACCUGGAGGUCUGGGUGCGAUUCCAGAGGGGUUGGCAUUUGGAAAGGCGGGCAAGGUCAGCGGAAAGAAGCUGGUAUUCCACCCUUUCGAGACCUAG